AUGAUUCCCAUCCCAGAGGAGGCCGUCACUACCCUCCGUGCGGUCAUGGGCCAGACCGCGUACAUUCCGGAUCUCUGUACACUACUCUACCCGGACUGGGACGUUGAACGGCACGAACACGAGGAACAAGUCAAGAACGAGAUUCACAAUGACUUUUUGGAGAAAUGGUGGCCACACAACGAGACACUAAAGACGGCGGCAAAGAAAGGAGAACUGGUACAAGAAGCAGGCUAUUUCUGGAGUCAAACAUCCCUUGAGCGGUUUCGCAUAGUUGCACAAUUUAUGAUUUGGUUGUUCAUGUGGGACGAUGGUACGAGCAUCGCAGCAAACCCCAGACGUAUAUGCUGA